AAUUAUAUAUUAUUAUUUUACAAUCUUAUCUAUGAAAUAUAUUAUAUUAUGAAAAAUAAAAUGGUGAAUAAAUCAUAAAUGUAUGUAUAGCCAAAACCAAAGAAAGUCCGUUUUGGGCGGAGAAUUCAAUCUGUGAGCAUCAUAGAUUUCAUCGACACCCCUCCCCUCUUUCUUCUUUACUUGUACUACUUCAUUGCUCUCACACUCUCUCGCUCAACCGCUACGCCUAAUUCUUGAAUUUUUGCCUGCCUCUCGAUAAUUUCGGACGCUUGAUAUACGACAUGGAUUCCGCCGCCAUGACAUUUUGCAGUAAACCAAUCACCUCCCCUCCGGGUUUAUUCAUUGGGAGGUCUAGUGGAAUCAAGAGCUCCCAGUGUAGCUUCUUGGUGGGAAACAAGUUGAACUUUCCUAGACAAAGAGUUCAAGCUUCUCAAAAAGCUCGUAAAUCAGGGAAACAUGAAGGAGCACUUGGUGCCACUUGUCGUGCUGAAAAGAUCCUGAUAGCAAACAGAGGGGAAAUUGCAGUGAGAGUGAUUAGAACUGCUCAUGAGAUGGGGAUUCCCUGUGUUGCAGUCUACUCCACCAUAGAUAAGGAUGCACUUCAUGUGAAACUAGCUGAUGAGUCAGUUUGCAUAGGGGAAGCUCCCAGUAGUCAAUCGUACUUGUUGAUACCCAAUGUCCUGUCAGCUGCUAUCAGUCAUGGAUGUACAAUGUUGCAUCCUGGUUAUGGUUUCCUUGCUGAGAAUGCUGUUUUUGUUGAGAUGUGUAGAGGACAUGGAAUCAACUUCAUUGGCCCAAAUCCUGACAGCAUUCGUGAAGGUCUAUUACAGAGCACAGAGGAAGGCAUCAAGCUUGCUGAUGAGAUUGGAUACCCUGUCAUGAUUAAGGCCACAGCAGGUGGUGGUGGUCGUGGAAUGCGUCUUGCAAAAGAACGCGAUGAAUUUGUAAAAUUGUUGCAGCAAGCCCAGAGUGAGGCUGCAGCUGCAUUUGGAAAUGACGGUGUUUAUUUGGAGAAAUACAUCCAAAAUCCAAGGCACAUUGAGUUCCAGGUUCUUGCAGAUAAAUAUGGGAAUGUUGUUCACUUUGGAGAGCGUGACUGCAGUAUUCAGAGGAGGAACCAGAAGUUGCUUGAAGAAGCACCGUCGCCUGCAUUAACCCCAGAGCUAAGGAAAGCGAUGGGUGAUGCAGCAGUUGCUGCAGCAGCAUCAAUUGGGUACAUUGGUGUUGGUACUGUAGAGUUUCUUUUGGAUGAAAGAGGUCAAUUUUACUUCAUGGAAAUGAACACCAGAAUCCAGGUUGAGCAUCCAGUGACCGAAAUGAUAUCUUCAGUGGACUUAAUAGAGGAGCAAAUCCGUGUUGCUAUGGGUGAAAAACUCCGUAUGACACAGGAUGAUAUUGUGCUUAGAGGACACUCCAUCGAAUGCCGUAUCAAUGCAGAAGAUGCUUUCAAGAAUUUCAGACCAGGACCAGGGAGAAUUACAUCUUACUUGCCAUCUGGAGGUCCAUUUGUGAGAAUGGAUAGUCAUGUUUAUACCGAUUAUGUUGUUCCACCAAGCUAUGAUUCUCUACUUGGAAAGCUUAUCGUAUGGGCCCCAACAAGAGAAAAGGCAAUUGAGCGCAUGAAGAGGGCUCUUAAUGAUACCAUUAUCACAGGUGUUCCAACUACAAUCGAGUACCACAAGCUAAUUCUUGAAAUCGAAGACUUCAAAAAUGGAAAAGUUGAUACUGCUUUUAUUCCAAAGCACGAGGAGGAAUUAGCCGAGCCACAGAAGUUGGUUACCUCAUCUUCUGCUAAAGAAGUCGCAAAUGCUGUAGCUUAAAAGACUUAUUUCAUCACUUGGUAUUUUUCUGUAUGCAAAAAAAAAAAAAUGUUAGCUUUUUUGUCUGGAAAAUAACUUUUAACCUGUGCUUUCCCUUUGAUUUUUUGAGAUUGAAUGAGUUUAAUUCACAAAUUAUCAAACUCGUAUCCAAUUAGAUGACAGUUCAAUAAAAAAACUUUUUUGAACGUCCUCAUUUGGUUUAAAUGAUCUCCCUUGUUUUGUUGGAAACAUUGCACUUCUUCUAAAGUGCUUACAAAUGCAAUAAUUACAAAG